AUGCCCGGAUCGAGGGAGGAUUUGAAUCGCGGCCGCCCAGGAUUCCCUCGACCGGGGAAUUUCUUGCAUCUCACUGAGGAAUCUGCACCAUUACUACUGCUCAACUCAUACGGUGUUUCGCGUUCAGUACGAAUCAAGACGCUUCUUUCGGUGACAUUUGGUCUUGUCCAAAGCGUGAGAUAUAAACCGGGAGAAUCGCGAUGGUAUCGUCGCAUUUUGCAUUUCGCUUCUGAUUUCGGGAUGCCUUGUUUGGUUCGUGCUCGUGCAGCUGAUGCGAUUGAGCAUCAAGCUCUUGCUGUCUUAUAA